AUGGGGGAGGCAAGUGACGUGGACAGCAGGAUCAUGCUGCACUCGGAUGUCUGUGUGGCUGAUCCAGGCACUGGCUGCCCGGUGUCCCCAUCGAAGGAGCGGGUGCAGGCGGGACGGCGGCAGCAGCAGGCGCUGGAGGCCCGGCUUGAUGGCUGCAUCCAGGAGCUGCGGCAGCUGUGCCUGCGUGAGGCGGAGCUGACGGGGACCCUGCCCCGCGAGUACCCUCUGAAAGCCGGUGAGAAGCCCCCCAAGGUCCGUCGCAGGAUCGGGGCUGCGUUCAAGCUGGAUGAGAUCGUCAUUCUGCGUGGGGUGGACCCUCUGGAACGGGAGCGGGCGCUGCAGCUGCAGAUUGCCGAGGCCUCCCGCCAGCUCUGCCACGAGGAGAACAUUGGCCGGCAGGUGCGGAAGAGGCGGCAGACCGCGGCGCUUCGGGAGGAGCAGAAGCUGCGGGACCUGGAGCAGGUCCUGAGCCAGCGACGGCUCUUGGCAGAGCAGUGGGACACCAGUACUGCCGAGGAGGACACACAGCCACCAGGACCUGCCACCCCACGGAAGUCCCCAUCUACCAAGGACCCCAGUGAGGAGGAGGAGGAGUCGGGGCUUCUGAUGCCCGCCCCCAAUCCCUGGCAGAAGACCAGCCUGGACAGACCCUAUGAGAGGGCCAAAAAUCCCAUCAUCGACCCUGAGGAUGGGGAAAACCAGAGCUCCCAAUGCUGUCUUGGGUCCCUGAUGGCUUCCCCUGCCAGCUCUUUGGGCCCCAGCAGCCCUGACUCCGCAGGCUCCCCAGUGUCCAGGACAGGGGACCCUCCCUACCGGUUUGUCCCCAUGCGGACCCUGGUGCUGUGCCGGCAGGCGGGUUCCAGUGCUCCCAGCACCCCAGAGCCAUCAGGACGGCAGGGACAGACCCAGUCUCUGAGGGUGGACCCAUGCUGGCAGCCAGCUGAGCCACGGGGACGCAGCACCACACCCCGCCGGCGCCCCACCUACUACACAGUCACUGUGCCCACCUCCUGCAUCCUGACUCCCGGCCCUGUGUGCUGCUCUGGCUCCGAUGACAGCAUCUCUGACCUCUCCAGCGUCUCCCACACCACCUCACCGGGCAGCAGCAGCCCUAACGUGUCCUUUGCAGUUCCGUUGCCCCUUGCUGAGCCUGGUUACCCUCGGGGUGCCCUCCAGCUUCUGCCACCUGCUGCUCCCCUGACUUUCCUGUAUGAGCAGGAUCUGGCCCCGCUGCGGUACCAGCGCCUGGUGCCCUCACGUAGCCGCAUUGUGCGCACGCCCUCGCUCAAAGACUAUGCACCCGCUGGGGCCCGUGGGCUCUCCAAGGCUGCCGUCACUGAGGAGCUCAAGUCGUGGCAUCAACGCGCCCGGCUGAGGGGUGCCCGGCCCCACUCCCUUGACCGGCAAGGGGCUCUCCUGAGACCCCAUGGUGGGAUUACCAGGGACAUGCCCGUUCCUCAUGGAGUCCUCUCACUGGUUCAGGGUCCCCCGGUGCAGGUGCUGCGACGCUCAGCAGGCAGCGUGCCCAUCCAGGUCUAUAUGUCCGAAAACAGCGAGAUUGUCACACAAGUGUGAGUGCCCACACCCCCACCCAGGGGCGGGGACACAUUCUGGCUGGCCCAGGGAUGGCGCGGACAUCUCAUGCCUCCCCACCCGGUGUGGGGGCUGGAGAGGGAGCCACAACGGGGUGGCAGGGGCUGGCCCCCACCGUGUUCCCUCACUGGCACUGCUGACAGGGACACUGUGACCCCAGUGCUUACGGUGACCUUGGUGUCACCACGACCGUGAAUUUGAAGUUCUGGUCUCUAAUAAAGGUGGUUUUUGGGAUACGUCAUUCUCAGGAUGUGUCACCUCCAUGUCCCCUCGGAGGUCCCGCAGUCCUGGGUCCAGUUGUCAUUGACAGGAUGGGAUCCACAGAUUUGGGGUCUGGCUAUGCUUGCGGCAGUAAUGGGGUGAUCCUAGUGCCAAGACGGUUCCCCAGAUCCAGCUGUGCACCCCUGCCACCCAGCGACCCAGGCUGGGAAGGGAGCCAGGAGUAGAAGGGAAGGAUG